AUUAUUAUUAUCGUAGGUUGUGAAGGGAGGCCAGCUGAGAUCGUGUAUAUAAUCGAUGACUCUCGCAGUAUUCAUCCGAACGAUUUCCUUACACAGAUCGACUUUGUCGUUGAUGUCACAAGAACAUUUCCCAUCGGUCCUGAUAACGUGAGGAUUGGCGCUGUAACCUUUGGUGAUAAAAUUAUUAAAAGUAACACAUUCCCCUUGACGAAGUACACUGACGAAGCCAGCCUCUUGACUGGACUAUCUAACAUUAAAUUCAGCCCAGAAGACGGUGGGAGCACGCAGACUGCCAAAGCUAUUAUGUACGCACGUAAAAGUGUUUUCAAUGAUUCCCGAGAUGGUGUUGCGAAAAUUGCCAUUAUACUCACCGAUGGAGAGUCGACCGAAAAACACAAAACACUCGCAGAAGCAACUUUAGCAAAGUCGCUCGGCAUUAAUAUAAUUGCGAUUGGUGUCGGCCCCAAAAUUGAUGCAGAUGAAUUGGAAGCGAUUGCGAGUAACCACGAAAGUGUUUUCACUGUGAACAGCUUCAACGCGUUGCAGCAAAUUAAAAUUAAAUUAGGAAUGAAAGCCUGUGAAGCGCCCACUACAAUAGCUCCGCCCACUACAAUACCUCCGCCCACUACCACAACAACCCAGCCUACUACCACCACGACUCUGCCUACUACCACCACGACUCUGCCUACUACCACCACGACUCUGCCUACCACCACGACACCGAUGCCAAAAGACGAACCCUGUGAUAAAGACAUAGACGUUAAUUUCGUGUUUGACUCUGCUAUGUUGGGUGACCAAAGCACAAAAGAUGUUAUUCACUUCAUCGAGAGUUCAAUCUCUGAGAAAGAUCUUGAUAAAAACAACAUCAGGUUUGGAGCGGUUUCUGGACCUUGCGAGAAAGUGUAUGGUAAGUAGAAUACAAUUAACAGC